AUGCAAACCGAAACCGUAACAUGGCCUCAUCUGCAAGAUCUACUUCUAGCUGACAAGGACUUUACCUCACCAGAGCAUAUCGACCUUAUCUUGGGCGCGGAUGUUUACGCCCAAAUUUUGGAAGACGGAGUAGUGAAGGGAGACGCGGAUGCGCCAAUUGCGCAAAGAACAUCACUCGGAUGGAUCAUCUUGGGUCCGUCAGGACUAGCUUCUCUCUCUCUCAAGAUAUUCACGGGUUCCAUGUCUCGCUCGAUCAUCAACUUCAUGAACUGCUUCAGCGGUUCUGGAACAUCGAGGAAAUCCCCUCGACAGUCACGUCGUCUCUCACUCCCGAAGAAUCAGAAUGCGAACAACAUUUUGUCUCAACACAUACUCGGGAUAAGCAAGGGCGGUAUACUGAAAUUGGAAGACGAUUCCGAUUACUCCAAACUCUACUCGGAUUUUAUGUUCGACUACGAACAAUUACAACAUAUGACUCGCGUUCCGGAGAGUCAACCUGAGCCAUCACUCACAUAUUAUCUCCCACAUCAUGGAGUUAUACGGGAAAGUAGUUCUACAACAAGAUUAAGGGUCGUCUUCAACGGAUCAAGCCGGACGUCAUCAGGUCAUUCAUUGAACGAUCUCUUACACACUGGAGCUAAAUUACAAGUCGAUCUACUCAACGUUCUGCUGUGGUUCCGCCUCUUCCGAUAUGUCUUUUCAUCUGACAUGGAGAAGAUGUUUCGUCAGAUUAAUGUACACGAUUCUGACUGGGACUUUCAACGCAUACUCUGGUUCGCGAAAACCAACCGGAUCACCACCUUUCAGCUAACCACUGUGACUUAUGGAUUGGCUUGUGCCCCAUUCCUCGCUCUUCGCGUACUGGAACAAUUAAUCAUGGAUGAAGGUGCCAAUUAUCCUCUUGCCGUUCCUAUCUUACAAAAGGGACGCUACGUUGACGACCUAUUCGGAGGAGGUGACUCGAUUUCGGCCGUUCAAGAACUUGCAAAGCAGACACAUCAACUCUGCAUGGCGGGCGGUUUUCCGCUACAAAAGUGGGUGAGCAAUCAUCCAGAUGUCCUCCGCGCAAUAGCACCGGAAAAACAAGCUCAUUCGACAUCUUGUCAAAUCAAUGACACCCCCAUUACAAAUAUACUUGGAUUGUGCUGGAACGCUUCUACCGACACGUUCCAUUUCACCUUAGCAUCUACAUCUACUGCCGAGAUUACAAAACGACGAGUGUUAUCCUCCAUCGCAAAAUUGUUUGACCCUCUGGGAUUGGUGUCGCCUGUCAUCAUCAAGGCUAAAAUCAUCAUGCAAGAAUUAUGGUCCAUCAAGAUCGGCUGGGACGAACCGUUACCCUCUCAUGCCGCCGUAAAGUGGCGUGAAUUCGUGGAAGAGCUUCAAGAUAUGCCUUGCCUAUCCUUCCCUCGUUGGAUAGGCAUUGCAGAUAAUCAUGCCGUGGAGGUUCACGGGUUUUGUGACGCGUCCAAGCUCACUAUUUGCGCAGCAGUUUAUAUCCGCGUGUUCUCCAGCAAUGGAGACAUCACGUCUCAUUUAGUGGUUUCUAAAACCGAGGUCGCCCCACUUAAACGACUAACGAUACCGCGCCUGGAACUGUCUGGUGCUGUGCUUUUGGCUAAGCUUGUAAAUCGCGUACUUGCAGUCUGGACUCUAAAUACUCAAGCGAUCUAUCUCUGGACCGAUUCUGCAAUCACUUACACCUGGAUCAACAAUCACCCUUCUCGUUGGAAGGACUACGUCCAUAAUCGAGUGCGGUUUAUCCAAGAAACACUGCCGCAUGCAAUAUGGAAAUUUGUGCCGGGAACGGACAACCCGGCGGACUGUGGCACUCGCGGACUGUCUCCAAAUCAACUCGCCAAUCACUCUAUCUGGUGGACCGGACCAUCGUGGCUCCUGCAAGAUACCUCCUCCUGGCCUCACCCACCUCAAUUAUGGAUUCAAGAAACGAUGUUAGAAGAGCGACCUACUCACGUUGCGGUCAUAGCCCCUCGCAAAUUAACUGAGCCAUGGGACUUGCUGCAACGAUACUCCGAUCUAAAUCGACUGACUCGAAUCACUGCCUGGUGCCGAAGAGGCGUUACCCGCUUCCGACGUGCCUUGACUCCUCCAUCUGGCCCGCUAACCACGCACGAACUAAAGGCCGCAAUGGAGUUCUGGGUCCAGACAAUUCAAAGGACUCAUUUCAAUCAUGAGCUCACCAUUUUGAAGAAGGGUGAAGUACUUCCGCGCUCAAGCUCACUCGUACGCCUCACUCCGAUCGUCGACUCAAAAGGUCUUCUCCGUGUCGGCGGGCGCCUUAACUCAUCUCUGCUGUCGCCAGAAGCAAAGCAUCCACUCAUUCUUCCCCGAAGAUCAGCGCUAACGUCUCUUAUCAUCUCUGAUGCGCACAUUCGAACAAUGCACGGAGGCACACAGGUGACUUUGACAUUUUUACGAAAUAACUAUUGGAUCGUUGGAGGACGAGCCCCAGUCCGGUCUCACAUUUUAAACUGCGUGAAAUGUGCCCGAUAUCGUCAACAAAGGGCUCAACAACUGAUGGGUCAGCUUCCCAUCGAACGCGCGACUCCAUCUCGCCCCUUCUUGCACAGUGGCAUUGAUUACGCCGGGCCUCUUAUCAUCAAGACAUGGAAAGGGAAAAAUGCUAAAUCAUACAAGGCAUACAUUUCCUUAUUCGUUUGUCAGGUCACCUCCGCAGUGCAUUUGGAACUGGUCACUGAUUACACAGCUGACGGAUUCAUCGCAGCCUAUAAAAGAUUCACGUCACGACGGGGAAUUUGCGCUACUUUGCGUAGUGAUUGCGGCACUAAUCUGAAGGGAGCCGACGCCGAGCUCAACAGACUCUUUUCCUCUGCAACAACUGAAUGCGGAGCAUUAGCAAAUCUUUUGGCAAACGACGGAACUCAGUGGUUGUUCAACCCACCAGCCGCACCUCAUUUUGGAGGGAAAUGGGAAGCGGGCGUCAAAUCAGUCAAAUUCCAUCUGAAGCGUGCGAUCGGAGACCACCAUCUCACUUACGAAGAAAUGUCGACACUCUUGUCUCAAGUUGAAGCCGUGCUCAAUUCUCGACCUCUCAGCCCUCUUUCUGACGAUCCGGAAGACAUCAACGCCCUGACACCAGGGCACUUUCUGAUGGGCUGCGCUCCCGCUACUAUACCAGAACCAUCACUCGAGUUUGAAAGGCAAUCUCAUCUGUCUCGGUGGCAACUCAACCGGCAGAUGCUGGAAAGCUUUUGGAAACGUUGGUCAAGUGAAUGCCUGCAACGAUACCUAGCCGUUUACAAGUGGAACCGAGCCAACCCGUCAAUCCAGAAGGCGCUCUCGUGCUGGUCGUCGAUGAACGUUACCCUCCAUCCAAGUGGCCAUUGGGACGAAUCGUAG